GAGCGCGUGGCUGAUAGCGCUUUCUUCCAGUGGCAGCUGCCGACGCAGGGAGAGUCGCAGCAUCGCAUCCCCUUUCCAGGGCAGGACCAGCUGUUUACGGCUAAGGGACGGGCAGGGCGACGGCAGGAAUAUAGGCGUUGCCAGCAUCUAAGGACUACAUCGUCUGUGUAGCACUGAAAGGCGUCUCGAUGGUGCAUUCGGGUAAAACGGCUGGUUCAUUCAUACAUUCGCGUAAACGUCCUUAAUAGCGAAGGCUGUCUUUUGUUUUAUUAAACGGCUGCGGUUUGCUCAUUUCAGACUGGGCAGUAACGAUGCGUAUGGAGCACGGGACAGACGGUGCCGCCGCGUCGCGUGAUAUCAUAUGAUUUUCAGCCUUUUUUUUUGGUGACAGCAGAAUUUAACCGUAACUGUAAACGGGGGUUGAAUUUGUAUUCGGGUAGCUGCAGAGAUGUCAAAGAAUAAGAAUUGCGAGACGGUGAAAGUGGUGGUGCGAUGCCGCCCACUCAGCCGAAAAGAAGAAGCGACGGGCUACGAAAGUAUAGUGAACAUGGACGUCAAAUUGGGGCAGGUAACGCUAAGGAAUCCGAAGACGCCGCAUGGGGAAUUGCUAAAAACGUUCACAUUUGACUCCGUGUACGACGCCGGCUCCAAACAAAGCGACCUUUACGACGAGACCGUCAGACCCCUCAUAGAUUCGGUGUUGCUGGGUUUCAACGGGACUAUAUUCGCGUACGGCCAGACGGGCACGGGAAAAACCUACACAAUGCAAGGGCAGUGGAUGGACCCGGAGAAAAGAGGCGUCAUCCCGAAUUCCUUCGAGCACAUCUUCACGCACAUAUCCCGGUCGCAGAACCAGCAGUACCUGGUGAGAGCCUCGUACCUGGAGAUCUACCAGGAGGAGAUCAGGGAUCUCCUGUGCAAGGACCACGCCAGGAAGCUGGAGCUGAAGGAGAACCCGGACUCGGGCGUCUACAUCAAGGACCUCUCCUCGUUCGUCACCAAGAACGUGAAGGAGAUCGAGCACGUGAUGAACGUGGGCAACCAGACGCGGUCGGUGGGCUUCACCAACAUGAACGAGCACAGCUCGCGGUCGCACGCCAUCUUCGUCAUCACGGUGGAGUGCAGCGAGAUGGGCCCGGACCGGCAGAACCACAUCCGGGUCGGCAAGCUCAACCUGGUGGACCUGGCGGGCAGCGAGCGGCAGAGCAAGACGGGCGUCCGGGGAGAACGCCUGAAGGAGGCCGCCAAGAUCAACCUCUCGCUCUCCGCCCUGGGCAACGUCAUCUCGGCGCUGGUGGACGGGAAGAGCACGCACGUGCCGUACCGCGACUCCAAGCUCACGCGCCUCCUCCAGGACUCGCUGGGCGGCAACGCCAAGACCGUGAUGGUGGCGACGCUGGGGCCCUCGUCCUGCAGCUACGAGGAGACGCUCACCACGCUGCGCUACGCCAACCGCGCCAAGAACAUCCGGAACAAGCCGCGCGUCAACGAGGACCCCAAGGACGCGCUGCUGAGGGAGUUCCAGGAGGAGAUCGCGCGCCUCAGGGCCCAGCUGGACAAGCGCGGCAUGCUGACGAGGAAGAGGAGGAGCGGGCGGCGGGCGAGGAAGGGCCCGGGGGAGGAGGAGGAGGGCCUGAUCGAGGGCGAGGGCGAGGGGGAGGGGGAGGAGGAGGAGGACGAGGGGGAGGAAGAGGAGGAGGACAGUGUGGAGAAGGAUGUGGAGGACUACGUGAAGGAGCAGCAGGAGAAGCUGGAGCUGGAGAAGGCCGCCAUUCGGGACGACCGCAGCCUGGUGGCCGAGGACAAGCAGAGGAUGCUGGAGGAGAAGGAGAGGAUGAUGAUGGACCUGAGGAAGGAGCAGGAGGCCACCGACAUGCUCACCGCCAAGUUCAAGGCCAUGGAGAGCAAGCUGCUGGUUGGGGGUAAGAACAUCAUGGACCACACUAACGAACAGCAGAAGAUGCUGGAGCUGAAGAGGCAGGAGAUCGCCGAGCAGUCGCGGCGUGAGCGGGAGAUGCAGCAGCAGAUGCUCCUGCAGGACGAGGAGACGGUGGAGCUCCGGGAGACCUUCUCCUCCCUGCAGCAGGAGGUGGAGCUCAAGACCAAGAAGCUCAAGAAGCUCCACGCCAAGCUGCAGGCGGUGAAGGCGGAGAUCCAGGACGUCAACGACGAGCACGUCAGCGCCCGGCAGGAGCUGGAGCAGACGCAGAACGAGCUGACCAGAGAGCUCAAACUGAGGUACCUGAUCAUCGAGAACUUCAUUCCUCCGGAGGAGAAGAACAAGAUCAUGAACCGGUUGCUGUUCGACGCCGAGGAGGACCAGUGGAAGUUCCAGCCCUUCGUCCAGGGAGAGGACCGUAAAUCCGUUCAGAUGAAGAGGAGACCUACCUCUGCAGUGGGCUACAAGCGACCAAUCAGCCAGCACGCUCGGGUUGCCAUAGCGAUGGGAGCUCACUCCAGAUACCGGGCUGAGAACAUCAUGUUCCUGGAGCUGGACAUGACUCCGCCCACCAUGUUCCAGCUGGACUUCCUGAAGCCGGAUCAGGACCUGCCCCUGCCGCUGGGGCGCGACGUGCUGCUCGACAACGCCUCCUACAGGGAGAGGAGUGCCGCUGCACGCGUGAGGAAGUCACGCUCCUGGUGUCAGCCUCCCUGUAGCAUCUCCUCCUCCUCCUCGAUGUGCUCCCUGAACUCAGGGGCGCAGUACCACCCCCGCACACAGGGGGCGACAGCCACCUCGUCUCAUCCCUGAAAGAGAGCCGCCCCCACCCCCACCCCGCCCCACCCCACGGGGAGCGCUGCUGCCACUGCUCACAGCUGGGUUCUGUGUCUUACAUCCGCUUGUGUUCACCGCCACCCCCAUAUGGGAGCAGACUCUUCUUCUUCUGCUUUGGAUGUUUUGAGCAGCGAAAGGGCCAUGCUACACUCUGGAGAGACGCUUCGUUUUAUUCAGUUUUUUUUUUUUGUUUUUGUUUUAUCUUUAUUUUGAAAAACUCGGCCAGUGGUUUGAAGCCCCCCCAGUGCGGGAGAUGUUGUGAUUAGCAUGUGGUCCUGCCCUGGCUAUGAAAACUAAAAAACAAGAAAAAUGUGAAAAAAAGAAUCAACCUAAACUUCACGGGUUCUGGUAGCUUGUGGCGAAUUGUCUCACUUUAUGAAAAAAAUAAGGAAAGAAAAGUGGGGAAAUGGCAAGCUUUGUUUGUUUGUUUGUUUGUUUGUUUGUUUGGGGGGGUUCAUACGUGUGGUAACUGCUGACGAAAGUGAACGAACACGCAGUUGGUUCCCAUGGAGAUUUCAUGCCUGUUUCUCUAAAAUGCUCGAUAAAAACAGAAACUCUUGGAAGAAAGCACCACUGACCUGAAAUUACUUGAACUGUCAUGUCAGACAACGUUACUACCAUCAAUCCACAGUUCUCAGCUUACUGACCUGAAUGAGCUUUCAGGUCAAAUACAGGGCUGCUAAAAUUAUUAUUAUUUUACUUCUUGUUUAGAGUUUGACAGCAAAAGAUUACUGUUCCAUGAAUGUAUGCAAUUUAUUUAAUAACCCGGUAUGACUGCACAUCCUGGUUAGAUGCGCGCCAAUGUCUUCUGGGAAUCACUGACUACUCUCUCUCUCUCUCUCUGCCUCUCUCCCUCUCUCUCCCCCCUCUCUCGCUCUCUCUCUCUGCCUCGCUCUUUCUCCCCCCCCCUCUCUCUCUCUCUCUCUCUCUCGUUGUUGUAUCUGCCAGGAGUAAGAUUUAAGCACACAGACACAAUAUGUGUGGACACUUUGACUGUACAUCAACAUAGUUUUUUAAAAACCAUUGAAUCCUCUGUACCAGUGCGUGUUGUCAUUGGUAAGGGCCAGUUUCAUUUGAGAAGAAUGUUCAUUUUAUGAUUUUCCAUUUUAAUUUUUGAUCUUAAUGUUUAGUUCAGCAGCUGCCACUGUAAUGUUGUCUAAGAGACUGUAAGAUGUGACACUAGCACUCAAACGCUGCUAGAGUGUUCCUCCCUGUCCACCCUAUUGAUCAACCUGCUGAAUAUUCCAGCUGAGACCGGCUGGGAUUCUGGUUUAAGCUGGUUUAAACCGGUUUAAACUGGUGGAAGAUGGUUGCAGAUGGUUUAAGGGCUGUGUUUUUGACACCUCUAGCUGGUCAUAGCUGGUCUGUACCUGGCUAGGCUGGUAGAGUAAGCUGGUGGUGGUGAACUGGUGGACUAGCUGACUAUAUAGGCUAGUUAGCUGGUGAACAGCUGGUUGAUCAGCUAGAAGUGCUGAAAACACAGCUUAGACCAGCUUGACCCACUUGCAGCCUGAAUUUAUAAAAAAAUAGAACAGUAUGGGAAAGAAAUUGAUUAAGAAGCAAGCAUUCCUAUCUCCCAUCUACCUACCUAACAUGGAGAGCAGUGCUGUCUGUGGUCUUCUGACAGUGGAAACGGCUUUGGAGCGAGAGCAUGUUUGGCCGCGGUGUUAACUAAGUGAUUGUUUAGCGGUCGCCCCGCUCAGGAGCUUGUUGUGGCUCCGCUUGUGAACCUGAAACCGCCGGUCUGGUGUAAGCGAAGAUGAGCUGAACCCUGGGAGGUGUAGU